CGUUCUUCCUGAAGAACGCAAUUCAGCCGCGAUGGAGGAUGUGGGGCUAGACCGCAAGCUGGUGAUCAUCGGCCCCACGGACGUGGGCAAGACGUCGAUCACCAUGCGAUACUGUCACGGGAGUUUCUCCACGCCCACGUCAGCCACCAUCGGAGCCUCGUUCCUGCAGAAGCGCGUGAUCGUCGGUGACGACUCUGGCGCACGGAGGAAACUGACGCUGCAGAUCUGGGAUACAGCCGGCCAGGAGCGCUUCCGCUCCAUGGCGCCUAUGUACUACCGCAACGCCAAGGCAGCUAUCCUGGUCUUUGAUCUUCAGAGCGAGGCCAGCUUCGAGAAGAUCAAAGAAUGGCUCCAAGACCUACAGCAUCACGUGGGUGACGACAUAGUGCUAGCGGUGGUGGGCAACAAGAGCGACGUGACGUCCAACUUCGACUUUGCCAAAGCUCAGCAGUUUGCAGAUGAGAUCGGUGCGCUGGUGUUCCGCACGAGCGCCAAAACGGGCGAAGGAGUGCAGUCGCUGUUCGAGAGUAUUGCAGUGCAGCUACUUAAGAAACACGAUCAGGAGCAGCGAACACGAGGCCGUGACGGGUCUAGAGCGGGUAGUACGGCAGGUGCGGGCUCGUACGGCUACGGAGGCCAAAGCCCCGUCAUUUUGAGUCACACCAAUGCCUCAGGAAACAAGGCAUCCAAAGGUGGUUGCUGUUAGUGCGAAUACACGUUAGCAUGAGGCUCGCGUAUAGAACGGCACGCAACGACACGGAAAGGAGUUAGGAAGCAGGACAGAGGCUGUCAAAGAUGAGAAGGCGUCAUGUCGUCUAGAGGAAGAACUCUUUGGCCUCUAACGGCAUGGACGCUAGCGAGGAGUGUUUUUAUUCAUAAGAAACAAGUGUUUCGGCUUCAUUUCGUGCUCAUA